AUGAAACAAAUCACGCCUAUUACAUCGCUUGACCAACUCAAAGACUUAAUCCGCGAUAAUGAACUUUUGUUUGUGCUCUUCUACGAGUCUCACCCCGGGUAUGAGAUUACGUAUAAGGGGCAUUUCGAGGCACUCAACAUGCUGGCCGUAGCCUGGCGCGAUCAACCCGAAGUAUGGAAGAUCUUAACUUUGGACACGAAGCAGGUUCCGGAAGCUCUAAAAGAAUUCCAGAACAUAAUUCCGGGGACGACUGUGUGUUUCCGGGAUGGCGAAAGGGAAGGCCAAGUUGAUGGAAAAUACUAUGGCCUUUUAAAUAGCCUAGUUUCCGGCCAAACAAUGAAGUCACAAGAGUGUUGA